AUGAACACCUGUAAUAAUGCCAUAAAAUUUACGCAAUCUUGCACUGAUAGAAAUGAUGUGGCAGGUUCUGGUUGGAUGCUGGGUUUGGAUAUUGUGGUGGUGGAAGCAGAGGAUUGUGAGUUGUACGCGGUUUCGUUUCCGUGGAUGAACUCAACUUCCCGGGAAUGUUCUGUUUUGUGGCUUGGAAGGAAGCAAAUUGGCUGA